AAUUUUGUGCUGAUUUUUUUUUUCGAAGUUUUUACGUUGUGAAAUAUGUAGCCGGGAUUUUUUGGAAUACUUCGUCUGUUUGUUUACUAUGGAGAUUGGAUCAGGUACAUGAUAAAAAGGCCGGUGUUUAGAAAGUUGUACAAUGACCCAAUGUAUGGGACUUCUUCCCGGACAUGUGUGGAGGAUGCCUUGGCUUUUACAUUACAUUGUGGUCUUGCUUCCCCUAACGAUGUCAAUGGUUUCAUUCGUGGACAGUGGCAGAAGACUUCCUCCAAUUUACUGGAACGCGUCUAAUGCAUUAUUUCGUCGAUCGGAUAGUUCAAUACAUGUCCAGCUUAACGACAACAUAGACAUCAUAUGCCCAGACUACAGUGACAGGACAGACAAUCCUGAGGAAUGGGAAUACUACUCCAUUUUCUUGGUUUCAAAACAUGAGUAUGAAACAUGUACAUUACUUAAUCCUAAAUCACCCAAUGUUACACACAUAAGGAACUGUUCAACACCAGGAGUACAUAGUGAUCCCUUCACAAUUCUGGUAAUGGCGUUUCAGCCAAUCCCAAAUCUUCCUGACUUCAAGAAGGGCCACAAGUACUACAUGAUAUCAACGUCAACAGGAACACAGAUUGGUAUAAAUAACCAGGUGAAUGGGUCCUGUCGGACGAGGAACAUGCGCCUCAUUUUAGAUAUGACAGAUAAACCGACAACAGCAUCACCAUCACCACACACAACUCCAACAUGGCAGACAAAUCAAACAUUAUCUUCUACCUCCACACCGAGACCAACAACCACCACGAAGACUACCACCACUUCUACAACCACAGAAGCACCAACAACCACCACCAAAAAGCCUACAAGCAAAUUUCCAGAUGGGACUCCUGUGGAUCCAAAUAUAGUGAUAGAAGCCCCUGGUGGGGAGAAGAACUCGGGCAUUAUCAAUGCAGGCGCGGGCGAAAUACAAGCCAGUGUUACAGUGACUGUCCUUCUAGUGCUUGUGACGUUUAUACUACUAAUACGAUAGUAUUAGGCUACGCCAAAUAAAAACAUGGACAAAGCAUUGAUAGUGAUGUCACACAGUCAAUAGGUACACAGUUUUCUAAACUGUCCCCAGGAUUUCAUAGUGUUAACCCUUGUCUUCAUCUUGAGUCACAGCCCUCACAAAGAAGGUCGCAACCUUCCAGAUCACAACCUCUGUUUUCCUGCUUCGACGUCAAACUGUUGUGAAAAUAUUGGCUGAUGAAGCUAAAGUCAUGCUCGUUAAUUGUGACAACAAAUGUUUGUAUCUGUUGGAAACAAAAACUAGGUUGUCACUGUUUCUAAAUAUUCCGCAAUUUUGAAGAAAACUUUUUACUGCUUGGAACUCCGAAUUAUCUUCUCCUUGUGGAGUCGUUCUCAGUUACCUGGGGGAUUUCAUUGAGCAGCCCUUUUUAAUUGUGGAAUGAUUUUGUGGUAAAAGCCAUGCAUGGCUGCCAUCUGUGUACAUAUCACCAUGGUUGCCAUGGCGAAUGAGUGUGAGCUUCAUCAGGACUAGCCAAUCACCAUUUUCAUAAGACAGAAGCCAUUGUAUUGUAAAUGUUGUGAUCUUCAUUUCAUCUUCAGCCUUUAAACACCAAGUUAUUUCAUGGAGGACUUACAAACUUUGAUUCCCGAGAUCAUCAUUGAAGUGGACUAUGACCAAAUAAGGAAGUGGAGUCAAGGCCAUCUCGGAUAUUUUAGUGGCAAGGAACUAGA